AUGGCUAUCCUAAAGAGACUUUUCCAGGCCGAAAAAAGUUCAUCAGCAGACGCUGCUGAUUCAGAUGAAGCCCGGGGCCCACCAACUCAAGCUGUCAAUCCACUGCAGAGGUCCCUGAGCUUAAAUACUUCACGGCAGCUGGAUGCCGACGAACAUUUUCAAAGCAUUGAGAAACAGUUCCAAGAAUUGCACGCCCAAAUGCAGGCACGGCCUUUAUCUUCCCGCUCCCAUACUCCAUCCUGUCGUGCUUCAAGUCGUUUCACGCCGCGCAAUCCGCGACAUGUCGAUCUGCUAGAUGCCUUGUUCUCGUCACAUAGGUAUCAGAUGCAGAUAGUCAGUGCAUUAUCACCUACUACUCCUUUCAAUGAAGAUAUCGCUGAGCGCAAUAUGGUUCGAUUUCUUCAGGGACAGCCGCGGACGAAGAAGGCAUAUACCCGUAUCAUCUCGGCUCUUUAUCAAGAAGAUGUGGCGGACAGGAACAUUGCAAAGAAUCGAACGAACAAACGCACAAUAUCCCGAAGCGCUAGCUCUCGAUCGCAGCCUGCAUCAACACCAAGCGGUGAGGUAACUCAGUGUGAAGCCGGCCGCCAGUCUCUUCCAUGGGCCAAUGGGGGCAAAGUCACACCAUCAAGCUCACGGCCAGGUUCGAGCUCCUCGUCUCAACCUCGUUCUUUACGGGCCCACAGGUCGACGCCCAAUAUAACGGCUGAAUGUACAAAUGCGUCGGGAGAACAAUCCGCACCUAAUGGCGGAGGCUACUUGGACAUCCCUCCAGCCCACAAGCAAGGCGACCAAUGGAGCAACACACCGCUACCAGACAGUCCAACAUUACCUGUGCCAAUGACUCAAGGUCGAAAGAUGGGUUCAUCGGGAGAGAAGGGCACUCUUGAAGUGACGAUAAGAUCGCCGUCAACCCGCAGUAAUGACUCAUCUACAUCACCCAGACUCAACUCCAAGAGAAACGUCCGGGACCUUUCUAUCAACACGGAGUUAGCGGCUCGAGGAAAAUCUACGCCGAGGAUCUCGCACCGUGCAAUCCAGCCACCAACGCCUAGUAACUAUGAUAUCAAACAGAAUCCUAGCAUUGCCGAAGUCGUGAACAGCCCUGUAUCUCUCCUGACACCCGCGUUGAUGUUUCCUCUCCCCCCUUCAAACCAGAAGGCGGAGGUAAUGGGCAUGUUCAAGCAGGCUUUUAAUUCCCCCGCAGGAGCUAUUUCGCCCCAUCCCACCUUUGAGACUCUACAAGACGCAAUAGUUCGAGAGAUUAACUCUCAUGAAGCUUUCCGACGGGUACCUGUCCCUGAGACAGGUCCUCUCUUUACGCCGUCCCCAUCUCAGGAUACCUUUGAUCGAGACGAGAUCUCGGCAACUCGAGGGCUCAUCAGGAGUUUCUCCACAAAAGAAAGACAAUUUUCCAAACUAAUCAGUCGCGGCUCUCUCAAAAAGCAUAGAAGAGGCUCGGAGCGCAAGAGCAUAUCAACUACCGCACCUGCGACGCUCUUUCGCCGAGGCUCCGCAUCAUCCAGGAGACGAAGGCACACAGAUGCCCCGCCUCCAUCUCCCGGGUUCCUCGACGUGAAGCAAGACGGAACACUUGAUGACAAUGACCAACCUCGAAAACAAGAGCAAGUGACGUACAUGGAUAUCCUCUUCCGAGCACAGAAGUCUCCUCCCAAUUCCAGGGGGAGAAGAUCUCCAGAAGCCGUUCGUGGCUUCGGACGAACUCGAUCGUCCGGCACCCUCGGUUCAUGCAGCUUCUCGGACAGAUCCCAACCCACCCCUUCAGUCUACUACAUGCGUGCACAGACGUGUUCGUCCUCCAGUGACGGCCGGAACAGCUUCUCCGCAGACGACAGCGAUGAGGAGAUAAUCCAGCUCCCCAGCACUGCAACCUCACGCAUCCAAAUCCAGGCUGUCGACGAUAACAACGUCACCUACAUGAUGGAGAAUACCACACCGAGAAAUGCCUACCGGUUAAUGAACUGGCCACAUGGCACGCAUAGGGCUCUUUCUAGCCGAGGGAGCUCUGUCAUGAGCGCAAACAAGUCGGCCCAUAACUCCCCCAGACACGAACAUCUUAUCCGCAGCACGCGUUCGGUCGAGUCUUAUUGA